UUGUAUUCUUGUUCCUUUGAUGGCACCAUUAAACUUUGGGACUAUAUAGAUGGCAUUUUAAUAAAGACUUUCAUAGUAGGGCAUAAACUUCAUGCCCUCUUUACUCUAGCCUGUGCUGAGGAUUCUGUCUUUGUUAUAAUAAAUAAAGAAAAACCAGAUGUUUUUCAGCUGGUUUCAGUGAAACUGCCAAAAUCAUCAAGCCAGGAAAUAGAAGCUAAGGAGCUCUCCUUUGUUUUGGAUUAUAUAAACCAGUCACCCAAGUGCAUUGCCUUUGGAAAUGAGGGAGAAUAUGUUGCUGCAGUACGGGACUUUUACUUGUCUGUCUAUUUUUUCAAAAAGAAAACAACAUCGAGGUUUACUUUAUCAUCAUCAAAAAAUAAGAAACAUGCUAAGAACAAUUUUACAUGUGUAGCAUGUCACCCAAAGGAAGAUUGCAUAGCAACUGGUCACAAGGAUGGCAAAAUUCGUCUUUGGAGGAAUUUUGAUGAUGGUAAGAAAUACACAUACACAUGUUUACAUUGGCACCAUGAUAUGGUUAUGGAUUUGGCUUUUUCAGUGACAGGCACCAGUCUUCUGAGUGGUGGUCGUGAAUCUGUCCUUGUAGAGUGGCGAGAUGCAACAGAGAAGAAUAAGGAGUUCCUCCCCCGUUUGGGAGCUACUAUUGAACAUAUCUCAGUCUCACCAGCAGGGGAUUUGUUCUGUACUUCUCACUCUGAUAACAAGAUUAUAAUAAUUCACCGAAACCUUGAGGCAUCUGCAGUGAUUCAAGGCCUAGUGAAAGACAGCAGUAUCUUUACCGGUUUGAUGAUUGAUCCCAGAACUAAAGCUUUGGUUUUGAAUGGAAAACCUGGCCAUUUGCAGUUUUAUUCUCUGCAGCAUGAUAAGCAGUUAUACAAUUUAGAUAUUAUACAGCAAGAAUAUAUCAAUGAUUAUGGUCUGAUCCAGACUGAGCUAACAAAGGCUGCAUUCGGCUGCUAUGGUAACUGGCUUGCAACAGUGGAACAACGUCAAGAAAAGGAAACAGAGCUUGACUUGCAGAUGAAACUGUGGAUGUAUAAUAAGAAAACACAAGGGUUUGUUCUUAAUACAAAGAUUAAUAUGCCACAUGAAGACCACAUCACAGCUCUCUGUUUCUGUAAUGCAGAAAAAUUUGAAAACCCCACCUUGGUUACAGCUAGUAAAGAUGGUCACUUCAAAGUGUGGAUAUUAACAGAUGAUUCUGAUAUAUACAAAAAAGCUGUUGGCUGGACCUGUGACUUUGUGGGUAGUUAUCACAAAUACCAAGCAACUAACUGUUGUUUCUCUGAAGAUGGCUCUCUACUAGCAGUUAGUUUUGAGGAAAUAGUUACAAUAUGGGAUUCAGAGACAUGGGAACUUAAAUGUACAUUUUGUCAACGAGCUGGGAAUAUAAGGCACCUUUGCUUUGGGAGAUUGACUUGUUCAAAGUAUCUUCUUGGUGCUACUGAAAAUGGCAUUCUUUGCUGUUGGAAUCUGCUCAGUUGUGCAUUGGAAUGGAGUGCAAAAUUAAACAUUAGAGUUAUGGAACCUGAUCCUCAUUCAGAGAAUAUUGCUGCAAUCUCUCAGUCUUCGGUGGGUUCAGACUUGUUUGUAUUUAAACCUAGUGAGCCAAGACCAUUGUAUAUUCAAAAGAAUAUCUCCAGAGAGGAAGUCCAGUGGGGAGUGUUUGUUCCGCGAGAUGUGCCUGAAUCAUUCACCUCAGAAGCUUACCAGUGGCUGAACAGAUCCCAGUUUUACUUCCUAACAAAGUCACAGAGUUUAUUGACAUUCAGUACAAAGUCUCCAGAAGAGAAACUCACACCAACAAGCAAACAGCUACUAGCAGAAGAAAGUCUUCCAGCAACACCGUUUUAUUUCAUAUUGGGAAAGCACAGGGAACAGCAGGAUGAAAAAAUAAAUGAGGCUUUGGAGAGUGAACUAGUACAACUACCCUUAACAGAAAACAUAUCUGCAAUUAGUGAGCUUCUUCAUACUCCAGCCCAUGUAUUGCCAUCUGCUUCUUUCCUGUGCUCCAAGUUUGUAAAUUCACUGCUGCUGUCUAAGGAGACAAAGAGUGGUGAAGAAUUCCCUGAUGAUGUAGAUAUGGAAGAAGAAAAAGAAAGUGAUGAUUCAGAUGAAGAAAAUGAUUUUACUGAAAAGACCCAGGAUACAAACGACACAGAUUUGGGAGAAGACAUUAUACACCAGUUGUCAAAAUCUGAAGAAAAAGAACUAAGAAGAUUCAGGAAGGUAGACUACAGCUGGAUAACUGUUCUUUGAGCCUUGGAGAUGGAAGGUUCUUGCAUUUUGUUUUGUUUUUUUUUUUUAAUUAUAUAUUGAUACUCCAAAAACAUCUACUUGAUGUUAUUUCUCUCCUUAAAAUAUUAAAUAUGAAGAGGCUUUACUUUUUAAAUAAUUGGUAAUACAAAGCUGUGUUUGCAUCAUGCAUUAGAGUUGCUGGGUGCAUGCAUAUACACACCAUCUCAUUUUUAUUUUGAGUUACAUCAGCCUUAGAAAUAUCUAGCAAUUUUCUUCACAAGCAAUUAUAGCGUAUGUCGCCUUAUCUGCAAGUUGGAGAUAUAAAAAAGUUUUGAAAAUCAAAA